UUCUUAAAAACUCUCAUUAUUUCGAUAACCAGACAAGCCCAAAUUUUGUAGUCCGAGUGUUUGUCCCCUGUUUUCUGUGUGUGAUUCGUGGAAUGUGCCCAAGAACUGAAAGGUAAACCUGCAAUGGCGGUCUCCAAUCACCGCAUAACACUCAGCUCUGAGGAAUAUGAAGCGGAUGUACACACAUUGAGAACAAUCAAAACCUUCGAUGAUCUCUACAAGACCUACAGACCCACCCUAGUACCGCCGAAACCCAAAAAGAAACCCACAUCCAUCCUGAGGAAAAGACAAACUAAAGACUUCCGCAAUCAAAACGAUGGCAAAGGGACAGAAUGCCGUCAAAACGAUUGUCAAGCUGCGAGAUGGCAUCCUUAUGAUGCUACCACGCUCAUAGGACCAAGUAAUAGUAUAUUAAAUUUAACAAUAAGCCAGGAUGAAGGUUCCACAACAACCAUCAAAGCCAGGGAGCAAAACAAUCUUGAGCAUGCGAAAUCCGUGGGCAGCAGCUCAAGCCUCCAGGAUGAUCAACCCAACCCACGCAUUGCUUCAGGUCGCAAUCCAUUCAGUAAAUAUUCAAAUAGCCAGUGUAAAUUUAACAAGUGUAAAUCUGGUUGUAGGCAGGAGAAAGCAUGCGUGAACCAUGCCGCAUACUCUUAUCUGGAACCAGAACAAAAUCAGAGCUAUCCCGAGUCGCAACAAAACGAUGUCUAUGCUGAGUCUCGAGAAACCGCUGUUUAUCCUGAUGCUGAGACUCGAGAAGCCCCUGUCUUUACCGAAACUCGGGAAAUCCCUGUCUAUCCGGAGACUCAAGAAAUUCAAGACUAUCCUGAACCACGACGAGCGAGCCAAGACUAUCCUGAACCACGAUAUAACCCCGUCUAUCCUCAACCACGAGAGAACCCCGUCUACCCUAGGCCGCGAGAAACCCGUCGCUUAUCCGAAGAAAAUCCAUCCUAUGGCGGCUUGCCCAAAUUGCAACGAAAUCCCAUCUAUGCGCAACAAAAUCCCAACUAUAGCGAAUCACAGCAGAGUCAUGACUUUGCCGAAUCGGACAGAAAAACGAAUCAUUACAAUGAGCACAACAAUUUGACAAUCGUCACUAGCAAUGGCACUGAAUAUCCCAAUGAAUCAUUCGUCAAGAUGCAGUCCUACGAUCCCUAUACGCUGUACUGCCAGUGCAGUAAGUGCCCCAAUCCCAAGGAUUUCCAAUUCGAUCCGUACAGGAAUUAUGGUGAGGCAUCCAAUGCCGAUGUGGCUGCAGCUCGGUUUGCAAAUGCAGAACCUAAAGGAGGCACACCAAUGAGCCGUUCGGAAGAGUCCCAAGGCUUUGCCGAAGAGCAGCCAAUGCCAAACCAUGAAGGGAAUACAGAGGCUAUCUAUCAGCCAGCUGGUCAGCCUUAUUAUUGUUUUUAUCCGCCCAUGACGACUUCUGAUCCAAUUGAUGGCAAUACCUUGCCCGAAGAUGCCACAAGGAGUGCUAGUAGACCAAAGACCAGAGGCAUGAAGAGACCUUCUAAUAUUCAAACGGGCUCCUUCAUAUCUGGCUUUCAGUCAGCGGCGGCAAGUCCGGCAGCGGAAGCUGUGAAUUACACUCAAAAUCAAAACGCUGGCGCCAACUGCGUGGAUGUUGAGAGCUUCCUUGCCAAUUGCAAGAAAUGCGCGGUGCCAUCUUGCGAUCCCUGCCAGGGCUGCUGUCCCUUAUACCCACCUGCAUGCAUGGGUUGUUGUCCCAGCCCCCCAAAGGCUGCCGCCUGCAACACCAACGAAUGCUACUGCAUGGGCUAUGUGCACGACAGUCUGCAGGAUCGAUCGGUCUAUGCCGCAGACUAUCGGCCGGUUAUGUGUGGCGGCAACAACUUUCAACACUUUGCCAACGGCAUUAGUUGCCUCUGCGCAGAUCUGCCGGUGGGCGGUGGCUGCGGACCCUGCAGCAAUAAUUGUGCUUUUGGCUGUAGCUUCUCCACGGAACCACCAUCGUGCUGCGUUGGUCGUCAGCCCGCCUGCGGUCCAACUGGUCAGUCAUGCUGCUUGUAUCCACUGGCACAGCUCAGUCCUGGUUAUUGUAACUCUUAUCCUUGCGGCGGAUAUAAUACUUUUUGCAUGUAAAUGGCAGCGAUUCAAGUUCAGAUUGUUAUAGAUAAUUCAACACAACAAUAGAAAGGUAAGAUAAAUUAAUAGGAAUAUUAUCUCAGAUGGGAAAUAAAUGU